AUGGACCCACAAAAACCUGAAUCCGACCCUGCGAAACUCGCAGCAACCCUAAAAAAAUUCCUCACAUCAAAACCUUACGACGAAGACGAUAUCACCGAAACCGCCAAAAAAAUCUUCUCUGAAUUGGACCAAAAUUUCGACCAAUUCAAACUCGUGACUCUCUCCGACGAUUUACCCAAAAUUCUUCCCUCUGAAACACCAAUUUAUGCAAUUUUUGAAAAACUGAAACAAAAAUGGGUGAUUUUUUGCAUAAUUGAAACCAAAAUUUUCUACAAGGACUCGUCCGGUGAAAAAAUGCCCUACCGACUUGAGAAACAACUCAAAAUUCUAUUUCCGGAAGCUGAAAUAAUUGCCAACUUGGACCAAGACCAUGGUGACGAAGAAGUGGAAAAUUACGGGCCUUUUUGUCUCCGAAAUUUGCGAAUUUUGCUAAAUUCAGGCAAAGAAAUCGAUCCCAAGCAAAAAUUUUGCCAAUUGAGUGAUGUCAAUAGUGAGAAAAUUGAAAUUGUGCUCAAAAUGGCACAAGAUUUUGAGAAAAAUGAUGAUUUUAAAAAGGCCCUAAGUGAGUUUAUUGAUUCACUACCGCUGGAAUUGGGGUCAGGUAUGUUGAACUAUAAGAAGAUCCUUGAAGAGGAAUUGGAUAAGGAUGAGAAGGAUGUGGACCAUGACAGGAUUAAAAAAGCCCGUGAGGAGUAUUUGAAACCUGAAAACAUUGAUAAGCUACAUGAAAAUUACAAAAUCUCCGACACUGAAGUCGAAAUCAAAAUACUGAAAAAAUUCCCGGAGGAAAUGGACAAGUUGGGCGAAAUUUUCCUCACUCUUGACUUUAUCAAUGACGAAACUCAGCUCAAUUCCGCCUUGGAACAACUAUCAACGAUUUUAUCAAUCGACGAUAACAAACUUAAAUCUUUUUACGAAUUCAAAACUAAAAAAAACGAGCAAAAAAACCCAAAAUUAACCCCUGACGACAUCACCCAAAUCGCUGAUAAUCUCCCAAUUAUCAAGCAGAAACACGACAAAACCACCCCUUUUGACGAAAUUCUAUCACAAAUCACCCUUGGUAAAGACUUGAAACCCUCAUCACCGACCCAAUACACCCCCAAGAAGAGUCAACUCGAGCAAAAUUACUACUUGGUCAAGACAAAAUACCAAAAUUUGAGUUGGAGUAGCAUCCAAGAUGUCAAUUUUUGGGCAAUUGCGAAAAAAGGACACUUGGGGGAGACACUUGACGAAAUUUGCGAAACCAUAGCCAUCUCUGAUCGUGUUUAUUUUUUGUUAAGUGGUGGGAAUCGUCUUCGGGAUACCCAAAUUCUGGCGAUUUUGCUCUUUUUCCAAAAUGAUCAAGGUCGGCUCUGUGAGAUUAAAACCGGUGAGGGGAAAACUAUAAUAGUGUCAAUUUUGGCCGUUAUCAAAGCCCUUCAAGGCCAUUUAGUUGAUGUGAUAACAACUAGUCCGGUUUUGGCCAAUGAGGGGGUUGCCCAAACUAGGAGUUUUUACUCCAUUUUUGGGGUAACUGUCUCAAGUAAUGAUUUGGCAGUUGGCUACACUGCUGACGUUGUCUAUGGGAGUAUCAACAGCUUCCAGUUUGACUAUUUGAAAGACAGUUUUGAACGACGCUUUGGUCAAGUCAUCUUAGACGAAGUUGAUAGUUUAUUGGUUGACAAUGGCGGCCAUAUUGCCAAAAUUGCAACCCCCUUCCCCGGAAUGGAGAACCUCCGCUAUAUCUUCAUCAAAAUCUGGCAAGAGUUGCACAAAGCUGAAGAAAGUUUCAUUGAAGAAAACCAAGAGAAGAUUUUGACAAUUGUGACAAAACCACAAGACGAAGCAUGGAAACUUCUUGACGAUUUCUUCAACCAAAAUGAACGCAAAAUCAUCAUGGACAAAAUCAGGGCUACCAAUCCGAGUGACAACCCGCUUAUCCCCCCCCACCUCAUUGACUAUGUCCACGACAAUUUGGAUAAUUGGAUCGAGAGUGCCCUGAUUGCCAAAUACGACUGUCAUCUUCACCAACAAUAUCGCAUCGUCGAUGGUACCAUCACCCCAGUUGACAAUCUCAACACUGGUGUGACCUUGAAGAAUACAGUGUGGUCCAAUGGCCUCCAACAGUUUCUUCAAUUGAAGCACAAUCUUCACCUCACUUGUGUUACCCUUCCUAGUAUCUUCAUUUCCAACAUUGGCUAUAUCAAAAACUACCAAAACAUUUUUGGGGUCACUGGAACUUUAGGCUCCACCACUGAGCAAGACCUCCUCUCCACCAUCUACAACGUCACUUUCUCCAAAAUACCAACAUACAAACCAAAAAUCUUCGAAGAAAACCCACCAAUUGUCACCAAUGAUUGGGACAUCGAAGUGACCGCUGAAAUCGUGAAGAAAAUCGAUGAAAAUCGCGCCGUUUUGGCCAUCUUUGAAACAGAACAAGACUUAAUCAACAUUGAACAAAACCUGAAAAUCAUCCAAAAUGGCGACUUCCGUCUAAGGAUCUUCGCAAAAGAAGAGGAAGCACAAGAAAUGAGGAACAAAGUCCAAGUUGGCGACGUGAUUUUGGCAACCAAUCUCGCUGGACGUGGUUGCGAUUUCAGGACUGAAGAAAAGUUGGAAGAAAAUGGCGGUUUGCAUGUUCUUGUCGGCUUUCUUCCUUGCAAUCUUCGAGUCGAGGAACAAGCUUUUGGCCGGACUUCGCGUCAAGGGAAGAAAGGAAGUGCCCAAUUAAUAAUCCGGGGUGAGCACAAUGGUACUGAAAUAAAAAACGCAAGAGAUGAGCUUGAAGCUGAAAGAUUGAAACACGUUCGUGACGUUGUCCUGAAAGAAAUCAGCUUCAAGGAGAGGUUAGUUAAGCUUUUCUCUGACUUGUAUCUGAAAGUCAAACGUUUGAAGGUGUUACAAGGGGAGUUUCAGUAUUUCCUUCAGGAUCUGAAAGAGUUUUGGGCUUUUUGGUUAGAUAAAAACAACUUCAGCAUCAGGAACAUGAAAAAUAGUCCGGAAGAAGAAUUUCUGAAGUUUGUUAUUGAAGCUCAUGAAAUUAUCAACGGGGAAAUUAAGCACAACCCUUACUACUCCAUCGCCUUAGCUGAUUAUUAUUUGGAAAAUAACAAAAAAAAUAAAGCUCGACUUGAGCUUCAGCAUGCUAUAGCAAUGAGUGACAACCACAGCGAAUUGCUAGCAGGAGCCCACAUGAAACUUUUCGAAGUUGCUAUAGCUAGUGGUAACCAAACAUGGGAAAAAAUCAAAAAAGCUCUAGCUAAAGUACUUUUCAUCAAUGUCCAAAAAAACACACAAUACAAGAAAAAUGCUUUAACACAGUUAAAUCAAGCUAGCAAUGCUGUAACUCUAGAAAUUGACUAUAUCGAGAAUUUCCUGAAAAACCCCGAUUUUGAGAAAAUCCUUCACGAGAGUGAAAAUAAAUUCCUGAAACACAUUUACUCUCGACUUUACUGCCUGAAAACCCACAAAGGAAACAUCGACGAGUUAGUGAAACAAAUUGAAGAAACUGAAGACGAUGGUGUUGAUUUCAGUGGAAAAGCUCAAUCGACUGUUGACAAUCACCGGAAAAUUGACGAAAAUUCAGUCGUGACUGAAAUCGAGUUAUCUGAGCUUCAAUCAGUGGGCCUUGACGCGCUUUAUGCCCUUCGAAGGGUCAAGGACGUCCCUGAUUACGUCAUAUAUGCCGCUCAAGCCCAAAUUGGAGGAGGGAUUACAGCUUUGGCUGCUGGGCUUUUCUUCCCGCCCAUUUUCCCGAUCAUGAGUCCCUUAGGAGUGACCCUAAUUUCAGAAGGGAUUAUUGACAUUGUUUUCUCCUUGUUUGAGGAUAAUCCCGAGUUUAAGGACUUCAUGAAGGGCAAAGCUGUGUCCUAUGGGAUUGCACUGGUUACUUUCGGGAUUAGUGCAAUUGCACAAUCGAUCAAAAUUUUGACGAAAGCUUUGAGCUUUUUCCGGAAGUUGGCCACGUUUUUGCGCAAAAGCCCCUACCUGAAACAGUUGUGUAGCAGGAUUGCCAAUCUAGUUGACAAGUGGGGGAAUUCAGUUGAGAAGCUUUUGGAAGUUGCAAAGUUCAAUAAAUUGACGAAAAGUGACCAAUUGAGGCGACUGAAAGAGUUGCAAAAAAGUGGCAAAGCUUUUGACCAUUUGGGCGGUUUAAAAAAAUUGAAGAGUUUGGAGAAGUUGCAGAAAGUUGGCAAGUUGCGUGAGUUGACCAGAAGCCAACUCCUCGUCCAGUUUGCCAAAGACGUUGCUUGGGAAACGGGAAAACAAGGCGGGAAAAGAUUGUUAAAUAAGUUUGUUGUUAAGCCUUUGAUUGCCAAAAUUUUCGGCGAAUUGAUUGAAAAAAUCAAGAGACUUUUUGUCGAAGCUUUGAAAAAGUCAAUCAAAGACAAUCGAAAUUUGCGGGAAAAAAUUCGGACGACUGAAAAGUCGGAAAUUGACAAAACCCUUGACGAGUUUAUCGGAAAAGAGGACAAAGCUUUGAAAAAACUGAAAAAAUUUGUUUUUGACACUUUGGGUAAAUUCAACAGCACUACAAUCGAUGUCUUGACACUCUCCUAUGACACUGCUGUUAAUUUGGCUGAAAUUGGGCGAAUUUGCUCGAAAUUUGCGUCAAAUCUUGAAAAAAAACUGAAAGGCGGGAGUGAAAAUAACAAAGUCGAUGAAAUGAUUGAGAAAAUUUGCGCGAAAUUGGCCGAUAAAUUGCUUUCAUUAUCGUGGGAUGUCCUGAAGGACAAUGUCAAGUUUGCGUGGAAGCACAAGGAUAUCUUCUCUUCGAAAAAACAAACGACUGGAGUUGUCCUGAAACCAAAUACUGAAAGUGGGAAAAACGGUAAAGAAGAUUCCUGGAAAAUUUUUGGACUCGCACCUGGAGCUUCACUCACUGAAGUUAGGAAGCAUUACAAGAAAAUGGCCCUGAUUUUGCAUCCUGACAAAAAUCUAAACGAUCCUGCUGCCGUGGAAAAGUUUCAGAGGUUCCAAAAUGCGUACGAGGACAUUUUAAAGACUUUUGAAAAAGGAAAAGGAAAAGGAAAGAAAACAGCAGCACUUGAAACAAUUUUAAACAAUUGA